AUGGAAGCAGCGUCUCGUUUGUCGUUGGAUGUGAUUGCUGCAGAAAGGACCGAAGCUGCAGCUAUUGCAAAACGGACGCGUACGAGUUUUUCCGAGUCGAUUGCGUCGUUAUCCGGUCAAGCGCUCCCUGAGCGUGCUGCAGAAGGUUUCCAGGAAAGUUCUGAGGUCGAUGAGGCAUGGAGCGCACGUAGUAAUCCGAGCGUUAGUAGUUACAACAGUAGUAUGCGCGAAAGGCAUCGCCAUGCGAUUGCCAGUGCCUUCUUUGGCUCGAAUUCUACUGCUACGGAGACGAUCGUCGAGAGUCCACGGGCAGGCAUCGAUCGAUGGAGACCACGACGCCGUCGAAGCAGUUAUAGAACUACAGAGAGAGGAAGAGACGGACUGUUACGGCGAUUUUUUCGGCCGAGAAGAGCGUCCGAGUCGGCGCUGACAGUAGGUGAGAUUGAAGCAGGUGGUUUGCAGGAGGAGCAACAUGCGAGGACUCGGCGGAGGCAGUUAUCGGUACCGCUUGACUCGAUGAAGGGAGAGGAACAGGAGGAAAAGGAGACAAGAGAGGAGCGAUGGACGCGGAGAGAAAACCGGUUGUUGUUCGAGGACUUGGUGCAUUUGGCGAACACGCAUCAGCCAGUUGAGUUUGGCAGGUUCAAACAGCGGAGGUCGUUGAGAGAAAACAGCCGAGUCGAACGUAGCAGCAAGGUAUCGAGCGCUUAUUUGCAGCGGUCUUCUGUAGCUGAAGAACUGGACGUGGAAGGCUCGUGCUCGUUCAAUAGUCUUGAAGAGAAGACCGACGAAACGUACGGCGACGAGGUGAUCAACACGGAACUAUUGGAAGCGUACAUUGCGUAUUCCAAGUCCAUUGGACAUGAGCCAAACUUUCAUCUUAACUCUGACAUGAUUCCUUUGCAGUCUCAAGAUAUGAUGGAGAACACUGUCGAGUACAAGGAUAAGGAACAGCAGCGUGUUCAUCGGGUAUCGUAUAUCCACGACCGCCCGGUGCUGAGGGAACACCAACACUUUUGGACUGGAUUUUUGGGUACGAGGUAUAGCAAACGCCGAGGCUGUGUGCAGUUGUGGACGUGGCUACUUAUCGGGGUCGGCGUUCUCUUGUGGCUGGGUAUCUCGCUUUCGUCCCUCGAGAUGAAUGAAGUGCUGCACCUUGGCGCCUUUACUUUUGAAGAUGUCCAGGUCUUGGAAGAUUACACGUUUCUCCACUUUCUAGAGAGAGUGGACUUUGAUCUUACGUACACGAUUCAGACGCCGACUUCUGCCACGCGGAACUCUAGUGCAACGUCAAAUGCUUCGUUUUUCAAUGCGCUGCUGCUUACUCAAGAGGAGUACGAGCACUACAUUGAAGGCGAGCCGUUCGAGUACAUUGAAGCUGGAACCACCUUACGCACGACCUAUGCGUACUUGUCGCACACGUUUAUCGAGAACACGCUCGAGAAGACCAUGUACUUUGUGGUGCAACCGUGUUACCUCGAGCGUAAUCCAAGGGCUGACUACUGUCAACCUGCACAGCUACCAACGAGUGUAUCAUCGAGUGAAAAGAUCUACAACCUUAAGAAAAGGAAUACAGUGGAAGAGCAGGUUGAUCACGAACGCUUUAGCGUCACGUACUUGUCUGCGAAUUCGAUCCCAGUUGCCUGCAGCUCAUCGGGUUGGCUCGGUGGCAGCUACUUGCUGCUGUUUUUGCCCUAUGUGGUCAUUACGUUGUUCGGUUUGCGUGGCUUCCAGAUGGUCGUGCACUGUGAGAGCUGGCGGAAGAACCUUGAGCGCAACUAUUCUAGAGAACUGAACAUGCCCGAGAAUGAGGUGGACUAUUGGCAACCCGUGCCAUGGGAUCGAAAGGUGCCGAAGACGAGGCUGUGUGGACCUUGUUGCUGGAAAAAGUUCCGACGGCCAUUAGAGCCGUUCCACACGUGGUGGCGUCAUGAAAACUACUUUACGUGGAUCUUUUGCCCUUAUCGGAAUGAGCAGCUCUCGCGUGGCGAGCGAGCCCUGAUUAUCGUGUGCUCGCUGUAUAUAACGUUCUACGUGCUGUUCAUCAUUGUGAUGUUGCGGGAUUCGUGGGGUGCCAACAUGACCAUCUUCCGUUCCGUGGUGCUUUAUGCGAUCCUGAUUUCCGUCUUACCACCUGCUGGUAAAGCUGGUUUCAAGGAACUGUUCAAGUUGAUCUUCCGGCAACGCCGCAAGUACUUUCGAGCUAAAGCUGCUGGAGGUGGUGGCGACUUGAAGGGGUUUUCCUUUCGUUUUGCGUUCCUGUUGCAGUUCCUGGUGGUGCUUCUACUCACGGUCGCCCAAGCUCCAAUCUUUUACAUUUGGGCAUUUCGUAGUUGUUUGUUCUUGAGGCAGUUCAUGUGGUUUGGAGCACUGGCGUCCAUCAUGCGAAUGUCCCUCGUGGCCCUCGCACUGGACUUGAUCUGGUACUUGAUCAUUCAGACCUGGGGCUGGAAGGACUUGUGUCCGUAUUGCACGGAGCGGAUCAAACACUGUGACUGUUUCAACGAUGAAUUGCUCGUCCUUGCAGUGGAACGCGUCGGUCCGAAGUGGCAAUUGAUUCGAGUGCUCGAUGACCUCAUGGCCAAGCAAUGUAACUACGAUCCGCAGUUCAAAUUGUACACGUCCGAGCAACUUCGUGAACGCUGGGAUGUCCUCGUGGAGCGAGCGAAGACACACAUGGAAAAGAUGGAGAAGUUACGUGCGUAUCAGGAAAAAAAGCGGCUCGAGACGCUGCGCUUUGACCGGGUGCGACGCAGUGUGACAAGUUUUCUAUCCUUCCGUGGCGCUGCGUUGUUAUCGCAUCAGUCUGGAUCCGAUAUACAGGAGUUUACUGGCGACCAGGAGAAUACGAGGAAGUCGUUUAACGGCGCCAGCUUUGCUAGUGAUGAAGAGGAGAAAUGUCAUGAGAAUGGGGCUAUGGACUUGCAGGUUUGCAGUCUCCGGGAGAAAAAAGUGCUUGAGCUGAACAACGACAUCAAGUUGGACAAGUAUGAAAAGCAGUACGACUCGAACAUCUCCAGUGUCUUCCACGCGCUCACUUGUUCGGUCCAGAACUUACGUCGACACGGGAAGCCCCCGGUCACGACCCGAAAGGAGCGUCGUCGAUGUGGGCAAGGUAUCAAUGAGGAAGAGGCUUUAAGUGGUAGUGAGGAUGAUGAAGAUGAAGAUGGAGGAUCGAGAGCUGAGACUGCUCGCGAUUCUUGUAGCCGUCGUGGGAUUGGCGAGACCAUGUGGGUGUUUGAUACGCCCGCACAGCGUCUCAAGCGUCGGGAAGAAGAAAAGCUGCGACGCAAGCGGGCCUUCCGAGUCUUGGACAAUUACAAGAUUGAGAGCGUGGACACGUCAAUGGAGCCACUGGCUCUUGCAAAGUCGUCGUUGUCCCCCAUUCGCUCUCGCCACAGCUCUUUGUCUGCGGUCUCGAAUGUGCCGUUAUCAUCAACGAGUCUUGUGAGUCAGCGGCAUCACGCGAUGAUGCAGCCGUUGCUGAUACCGAGUACCCAGCCACCAGUAUCGUUACCAGGUGAGACUUUGGUGGUCCUUAUGCUGGAUAAUGGACAGAGGAACGGAAGGGAGGACAGGGUCGAUGAAAGGGUUCAUCUGGAAGAAAGGAUGGUGACUGGAAGUGGAAACGACGUCUACGAUGAUAAUAAGGAGGACAAGAACUUGAGCGGCGUGGAGCGUGGCAAUCAGCAUUCACCUUUGGACCACGUUGCACCAGUAAGCAGGACCUAUUCAGUCACGGAGAGACCUCAGACUCUAUAUCGACGGUUGUCUGCCUCAGCUUCAGCUUUUACUGCCUGGGCGCUGAACUACGACCCCUCUGUAGAAUACUGA